AUGAGCGAUUUGACGCCUUUAUUCCGAAAAUGUGUUAAUAUCGUCCAAGAGGAAUUGGGUCUGUCUUUAUCCCCACCACCUGAUACACAAUUUCCGUCCUACUUUGUGAAUGACUCCUUUCUCAAAGAAUGUAAAGAAGUCUUUAGCAACUUAGUCAACAUGGCAACGUUCAUCCAGAAAAUUAGACCUCUUUACUUACAGGUGAGCGAUGAGCUCUCUGAAUUUGGACUGGAGCACAGGAAAGAACUCCGCGUCGAAGACAAGAAUAAGAUCGACGAAGAAUUCAAGGUCAACGUACAGAAGGUAUAUGAAAAGUUGAAACAUUUACAGUCGUACGAAAAGAAGAGAAAUGAUGUCAUGACUUCGAUGAAAAAACAAAAAGGAUUUGUACUGGCUUUGUUUUCAGUUGAUGAAUACGAGCCAAAAUCUCUCUAUGUGUCUACGCUCUCCUCUCACCGGACACAAAUAUUAAGAUUCUUGAACGAAACUACUAAGAAUGUGAAUCAAAAGUUUGAAAAAAUGCAACGCAAGCGAUCAGAAAGAGAGAAGCAACUUAAUCUUCUACAUUUCCAAAACCUCGAUGAUGAUGAAAUGGAUGCUGUCGAUGCAUAUCGCUCGGAAUAUCAGAUUGAUAUUCAAUCAUACCCGAAUGAACAAGAAACUUCAAAUGAAAUAGCAGAGCUUAGUCAAGCACAGCUUCAAGAACUUGAACUGGAAAAUAAGGAGCUUCUUACGUUGAAAACCAACGAAUUCAAGCAGGUGGAAAAAUUGCAUCACUCAAUGGUUGACAUUGUCAAGUUACAAACUGAGUUAACAAUGCACCUUGAGACUCAAGCAGAGCAAAUUGAGAAUCUUCUAGACAGUCAGGACCAAGUGGAAGUUGAUUUACGAAUGGGUAACAAGAACCUUGCUAAAGCAACUGAUAGAAACAAAAGAGGUUCCAAAAUCAUCAUUACAACAUGUUUUGCUCUUGGGCUUCUAAUUCUAUUCGUGGACUAUAUAUCUUAA